UUUUAUAUAUAUAUGAUGAGGGCAGUAGCGAUCAUAAUAAUGCAAAAGGUGUUUGCGAAGAAAGUAGGAGGUCAUCGGGAAGGGAAAGAAAUGGCACCGGUCGGAUUGCCUCCUGGCUUUCGAUUCCAUCCGACCGACGAAGAGCUUGUCAAUUACUAUCUUAAGCGUAAAAUUAAUGGCCAAGAAAUCGAUUUAGACAUCAUCCCUGAGAUUGAUCUCUACAAAUGCGAGCCUUGGGAUCUAGCAGAAAAAUCUUUCUUGCCAAGCAGAGACCCGGAGUGGUAUUUCUUCGGGCCCCGGGACAGGAAAUAUCCCAACGGAUUCAGGACUAACAGAGCAACUAGAGCUGGAUACUGGAAGUCUACCGGGAAAGACAGGAGGGUUAACUGCCAGAAUAGAGCCAUCGGAAUGAAGAAGACAUUAGUUUACUACCGAGGGCGAGCUCCUCAAGGGAUUCGGACUGAUUGGGUAAUGCACGAGUAUCGGCUCGACGACAAGGAGUGUGAAGACACCUCUGGAAUCCAGGAUUCGUAUGCAUUGUGUCGAGUGUUCAAGAAAAAUGGAAUAUGUUCUGAGAUUGAAGAGCAAGGACAAUGCACAACAAGCCUAUCAUUAACGGAGAGCUCAUCGCAAGGUGUGCUAAACGAGUAUGAAACAAUGUCACCAGAUGUCCCAAUUGCAUCAUCAUCUUGUAUUGAAGAGGAAGACAAAGAUGAUUCAUGGAUGCAGUUCAUCACAGAUGACCCAUGGUACUGUUCUUCUAACCACGCUAUGGUUGGCGGUGAAGAGAUUUCUCAAGUGACAUUCACUGACUAAGCAAGGAUAAUUAUCAAGUGAUUGGUGGUGAUGAAUAAUAUGAACAGAGUUGGAUAUAUUUUUCUUACAAUAAGGCAUCGAGUUGGUAAAAGCAUUAGAGUGUUAUGCCUAAUUGGCUUAGUUAUUUUGUUUUGGUUUUGGAUAUGCAUGGUGGCCUCCCUAUCCAGCUAGAGCCAAUUUAUCAAAUGGCUUCAGAAUUUUUUAUUUUUAUUUUUAUUUUUUUUUUGGUGGUUGUUGACCUCUACUUGAAGGUGAUAUGGUGUUACUUGUGGCAUUAAUUAAAGGGCAUUAAUAUUAAUAUUAA